AUGACUACCGCUGCCAGUGUCUACCCUCCGUUGGAGUCCCGUCCUCUCAAGGACACCAUCUGCCUGUUCGAUGUUGACGAGACCCUCACCAAGGCCAGACGGUCUGUUAAGCCAGAGAUGCUUGAGCUUCUCUCCCGCUUACGCCACAAGUGCGCCAUUGGCUAUGUUGGUGGCUCGAACUUUGUGAAGCAGCAAGAGCAACUCGGGUCGCCCACCACAGAUGUCACCACUCUGUUCGACUUCUGCUUCCCCGAGAAUGGUCUGGUUGCCUACCGCUUGGGCGAGCCGCUUUCCAGCAACAGCUUCAUCCAGUGGCUUGGAGAGGACAAGUACCAGGAGCUCGCAGACUUCUGCCUCGGAUACAUUUCCAAGAUCAAGCUUCCCAAGAAGCGUGGUACCUUUGUGGAGUUCCGCAAUGGCAUGAUCAACGUUAGCCCCAUUGGCCGUAACGCCAGCGUGGACGAGCGUGACGAGUUCGAGGCUUACGAUAAGAUUCACAACAUUCGGAGGGAUAUGGUGGAGGCCCUGAAGAAGGAGUUCCCCGACGCUGGUCUCACCUUCUCCAUUGGUGGCCAGAUUUCUUUCGACGUCUUCCCCACUGGCUGGGACAAAACCUACUGUCUGAAGCACGUCGCGGCCGAGAAGGACAUCUCCGGAACCGAGUACAAGACCAUUCACUUCUUCGGUGACAAGUGCUUCGUCGGUGGCAACGACUACGAGAUCUACUCCGACCCUCGCACGAUCGGCCACGAGGUCGAGGACCCUGAUGACACUAUGAAGCAGCUGAAGGAGCUGUUCUCCCUUUAG